AUGCGUCGAGAAGAAAAUUUAGCUUAUAUUACAUCAAAUCGUCCUGUAAAAUCUCUUGGUCUUCUUCCGAAAAAUCGUCUAUAUACAGAUGAACAAAUGCAUGGUGCAUUGAUAUUUUCGGAUUCUGAUUCACGUCGACAAAUAACUGUUUCUGGUACGGGAGAAUUUUCUUUACCACCCGAUCGAAUUAAAUUAGUUGUUGUUAUAACAAGUACAAAAUCAAGUGUUAAUGAAGCUAAAACAAGUGUUCUACGUCGAUUAAAAUAUAUUGAACAAACAUUCCGAAAUUAUGGUGUUAAAGAUCAAGAUAAAUCAUUUGUUCAAUCAAUAACACGUCGUGAUACUAUGUAUGAAGUAACUGCCGAAUUAACAGCAAUAUUUAUUGAUAUUCAACGUUAUCAACUUUGUCAUAAUCAACUUGUAGAAAAACUUGAUGCACCUAUUGUACGAGUUCUUGAUCCUGUAUUUUUUCAUUCAUCACUUCGUCUAGAAAAUUUAAAACGUCAAGCAAGUGUUCAAGCCGUACGCAAUGCUAAACAUACAGCGGAAGAUAUAGCUCGAACUGUUGGUCUUCAUGUUGCAAAAGCUGUACAUAUUGUUGAAGAAACUUAUCAAGAAAAAGAAGGAAUAUUAUCUGCAACAGGCCAACCCGCAUCAUUUCAAAAUUUACUCGAUGCAAAAACGAUUACUGUACAUGUUACAUCAAAUUCAAGGUCGACGAUGGGUGCUUGCACAUCAGCCGCAAGACAUCACAAGAAGCACCAUCGACAACUGCAUAAACGAACACCAACAAAGAAUCCGUUUGUCCUUGAUAAUAAACAAGCUUCAUCCUCACCAUUAACUGUACACUCAAAUCAACAAUCCCAACGUCUUCAUUCUUCACAAACUAAAAUUAAUGUACAGUCAUCUUCUUCAAUAGAACCUAUCCUAUAUAAAACUGAAACAAAUAGUUUAAUACAAUUUUAUUCUUCAAAUUCAAAUAAUAAUAAUUCGAAUAGAAAUAGUUAUAUGUCAUCAUCAUCAUCUUCGACAUCACAGGCACAAUCCCGUAUUCCUGUACCAAAAUCUCGAUUUCCUAUUUAUCGACCACAAUCUUCAUCAUCAACAAGAUCUACAAGAUCAAAAAAUGUAACUACAACAGUUGAUACAACUAUUACGACAGGUACUUCCGUACCAAUGUCUCUAACAAAUCGUUCAUCAGGUUCAUCAUCUUCACAACCUCGCCAUGGUGGUAUACCUCGACCAAUAGUAUCUGGAUCGCAACAAACACCCGUAUCAUCAUUUGUAGCACGUAGUCGUUCGAUAAGUCCAUUAUCAACAAUUAGUGCUAAUUCUUCAUCAUCAUCAUUACCUACUCAACAUUUUACAAAAACUGAAACAAUAUCCAGUAGAUCGAAAAUUACUAAUACAACGAAAUCGAAAAUACCACCUUCUUCUUCUCGUAUUAAUAAAGAAUUAACAACAGCAACAACAACAACAACAACUAAUCGUCCACGUUUAAAUACACCUUCACGACCUUCAAAUUCAUCUGCAUUACCAACGACUUCUUCUUUUCAACUAACAAAAGCUGAUAUUGAGGCUGUUCGUGAUUAUUAUAAAGCUCCAAAACGUAUGAGUUUUUUUACUCGACGUCCUCUAAAUACAAGUUCACUGAAACCUUCUUCUCUUGAUACACCCAUUAUUUUAGAAGAAAAAAAUGAGCAAUCAUCUCUUGAUGAACAACAAAUAGAUGCUCAAAUUGAUAGUCAACAUGAUCAUUUUACAACUGAAUUCGUUCAACAUGGUGAUUCUGCAUAUGCAAGUACAGAAUCACAGUCAAAUAUUCCUUCAUCUGUACUACGUUCUCAGGCGAAUCGACAACGAAAUCGAACUCCAAGUAUUUUAUCUUCAUCAUCCGUUCUAUCCAACGUACUUAAUCAAGAUGGAUUAAUUGAUGAUGAUAAUUGUAGUUUAAAAUCCGAUGAUUUAAUAUGUGAUUAUGAUGAUACACUUACGUUAGAUUCUGCAACAAAAACUAGUCGAACAGAUUCAAGUUCAUCAAAUUCAUUAUCACUUGAUAGUAAUAAAAAAUCUCCAAUGAUAUCAUCUUCUAUGACAACAAAAACAAAUAUAUCAUCAAAUGAUCAUCGUUCUGGUACUCCAGCCAAAAGUCCAACAUCUGAUAAAUCAUCUGGAAAUCUUCGAGAAUCACUUGAUGAAUUAACUCGAUUGAGUAGUAGAAUGGAAAAUAUUAUCGAUAAUGAACAUCAUAAAAGAUUAUUAACACGAUCAGUUUCAUUAAAACCACCACCAACUUCUUUACCACCACGUGAAGAUGCCGAACAAAUAACAAUGGAUAUUGAAUCUUAUCGACAAGUAAUGAAAGAUGUUAUGGUUGUUAAAACAAUUCUUCAUCAACUUGAUCGAUUACUAAAACAUUCCGACGGUGCAAAUAUGACAGAUUCAAUGAUUGGUUCAUUUCAUGAAUCUAUGAUAAGUUCAAGACAUCAUUCAUUAAGUGGCGGUGGUGAUAUUAAUCUUCGAAAUAAUUCAAUUGAUGAAAAUUCUUCCUAUGAUGACUUAGCUAGAGAACUUAUGAUACUACGUAAAGAAAGAGAACAAGAUAAACAAACAAUCAAAUUGUUACAAGAGCAAAUGUAUAAAUACUCCAGUCAAGCAAAUGUUCAAUAA